AUGCAGCUCUGCAAAGAUAGUGGGCACAUAAAGGAAGUCAUCGUUGCGGGAGAGCAUGUUUUUGAAAACCCCAAUGGCAGCGCUGAUGGGGACGUCGCCGAAGAGCCAGGGAAUCCUGACGAUCAGGAGCAGGAUCUUUCCACAGAACUGAUCAAGGUCAAGCUUCUCGUUAAUAAGGACGGACGAUACGUGUGCGAGUUGUGCCAGAAGACAUUUAAAACAGCCAGCAUCCUCAAGGCUCACAUGAUCACUCACAGCAGCAGGAAGGACUACGAAUGCAAACUCUGUGGAACGUCCUUUAGGACAAAAGGGUCUCUGAUUCGACACCAUCGGCGUCACACGGAUGAACGACCUUACAAAUGCAAGAAAUGCGGGAAAAGUUUCCGGGAAUCGGGAGCGUUGACUCGGCAUCUGAAAUCUCUGACACCCUGCACCGAAAAAAUUCGCUUCAACGUGAACAAAGAAAUAGUAGUGAACAAAGAUGAUUUGCCUGCAGGAUCCUGUAGUUCAAACACAGACACAGUUUCAUCGAUUGCGAGUGAAUCGAUGGAGUCCCCACCUGUGAUUCACCUAGUGACAGACGCAAAAGGCAACGUUCUCCAUGAAGUUCAUGUCCAAAUGCAGGAGCUUCCUGUUGUUGACGCAAAAACUCUGGACCAAGAUGCGCCACCUCCCGAGGAGCAGCCGUGCGAGGGGGAAGUGCACAGUGAGAACCUGCUGCGGCAGGCCAUGAGGAACUCCGGGCUCGUGGUGGAGAGAGUGGCUGUGGAAGACCUGCCAAAGCCAGAGGAACCUGCUGGGGCUGCUGCAGAGGAACUAGAAAACGAAGCGAUGGAAGCAGAGGAGGAGCCGUGUGGGGAGCAGUGCGUUGAAACGGAGCAGCCAGAGUCUACAGAUGCAGAAAGAACAAAUGGAUGCAAAAGUUACAGCUGCCCUCACUGUAGCGAAGUCUUCAGUGAAGCUACAGCCCUUGAAACGCACAUCAAAGGACACUUAGAUAACAAGCCUUUUAAGUGUGAGAAGUGUGGCAAAGAGUUCACAAAAGGCUAUUUGUUAAAAAAGCACCAAGAAGUGCACGUGAACGAGUGGCGUUUCCGCUGCGGGGAGUGUGGCAAGCUCUACAAGACCAUCGCUCAUGUCAAGGGGCACCACAGGGUGCAUUCUGACGAGCGGCCGUACCCCUGUCCCAAGUGUGGCAAGCGCUACAAGACAAAGAACGCGCAGCAAGUUCACUACCGUACACACCUGGAAGACAAACCCUACGUGUGCCAGUACUGCAGCCGGGGCUUCCGCGAGAAGGGCUCGCUGGUCCGGCACAUCCGCCACCACACGGGCGAGAAGCCCUUCAAGUGCUACAAGUGUGGCCGAGGCUUCGCCGAACACGGCACGCUCAACAGGCACCUCAAGACCAAAGGUGGCUGCCUGCUUGCUUUGAAGGAGGUUAAAGAAGUGAUGGUGCCUGAGGAGAGUCAGUCAGCUGACAACUUAGCUGCCACGGUCAUUUCUGAAGAUCCUCAUACAGUUUUGGUGGAAUUCUCGUCGGUGGUGGCAGACACUCAGGAGUACAUCAUCGAGACUGCUACUGAAGACAUGGAGACCAGUGAAGCUGCUGAAAUAAUAGAGGGAACAAGACACGAGGUUGACAGCCACAUUAUGAAGGUUGUGCAACAAAUAGUAAAUCAAGCCAACUCCGGUCACCAGAUCAUUGUACAGAACGUGACAGUGGCAGAAAACUCGGAGGGAAGCGCGGACGCCGCGGACACCAUCACCAUCGCCACCCCGGAAAGCCUCACGGAGCAGGUCGCGAUGACGCUGGCCUCCGCCAUCGGCGAGGGAGCCGUGCUCACCACAGAGGGUGGCAUCGAGGCGCAGGAGGCCACAGUGACAAUGGUUGCGUCGGAAGACAUCGAAAUAAUGGAGCACGCGGGAGAGUUUGUGAUCGCCUCCCAGGAGGGCGAGGUGGAGGUGCAGACUGUGAUUGUCUGACGAGCAGCACGCGCUCGGGGACACCCUCACAGAAUUAUGGUUUUCUCCAGUUUGGGGAAUUUGAUCAGUCCUAAGUUUGACGUUACAGUUUUUCACAGCGCAAGGGAGUGGAUGUCCCUAUAGCUAAGUGACUUAGCAGGACGGUAAGAGCCUGAAGUGUUUUCUGUUUAACAUGGAAUAACAGUAGCUACAAGCAUCUGCAUGGUGAUACUGUGGGAGUGACUGAUAAAUCAUAUUUGACAGUCUGACCAGUAUUUCAUAUGGAUGCCUCAAAUAAAGGACUGUCCUUGGCAAAGCACUUACCUCUGAGCACAGGACAGUAGUGUCCUGGUGGUUAAAAGAAUGCAGCAAGUGAAGCCAGGACGUUGUGUCUCAUACGAGACUAUGCUAACUUAAUCAUAUGCAUUGAAACAAGAAAACCAAACCUGAGGACUUCUGGUGUGAACUCACUGACACCUGAAGCCUUUCCUGCCUUUACCCUCACUACUUUCGCCCUCCUAAGGCAUGGUACUGCAGAUCUUUGUGGGUUUGUUUUUUUGCCAGCUAGCCUUAUGUACUGGUUUACAAACGAAUGCAUCAUUGUACCCUUGCAAUACCAUGCGGGCUGCUCUGAGAGCUAGCCUGGUGGUGUGUAAAGCCAUACUGUACAUGAAUUUUUUUU